GGAAUUUUGGCCGUUCUGACGAGAUGUAUCGCUUCCGCACCUCUGCCAAGCCCGUGCUGAAGCCGCUCAUGGCGCGCCUGCAGACGACGGCGACCCCCGAGAAGCUCUUUGAUAAGAUCUUGAUCGCGAACCGUGGCGAGAUCGCUUGCCGCGUCAUCAAGACUGCGCGCCGCCUGGGCAUCAAGACCGUGGCCGUCUACUCGGAGCCCGAUGUCAACUCGGUCGCCGUGCGCAUGGCCGACGAAGCCAUUUGCGUCGGCCCGGCCAAAUCGGCGUCGAGCUACUUGAACAUUGAGCGCAUCAUGGAGGCGGUCAAGCAGACGGGCGCGCAGGCCGUGCACCCGGGCUACGGCUUCUUGUCCGAGAACAAGCUCUUCUGUGAAGCGCUCGACGAAGCCGGCGUCACCUUCAUUGGCCCUGGCUUCCACGCCAUCGAAGCCAUGGGCGACAAGAUUGAAUCCAAGCAGAUCGCCAUUGACGCUGGCGUCAACACGAUCCCGGGCUUCCAAGGUGUCAUCCAGGACGAAACCGAAGCUGUCAAGGUCGCCAACGACAUUGGCUACCCUGUCAUGGUCAAGGCCAGUGCCGGUGGCGGUGGCAAGGGCAUGCGUGUGGCGUACAACGACGCCGAAGUCCGCGAAGGCUACCGUCUCUCGAAGGAAGAAGCCGCCAACUCGUUUGGCGACGACCGCAUGUUUAUCGAAAAGUUCAUCGAGGACCCGCGCCACAUUGAAAUCCAGCUGCUCGCGGACAAGCACGGCAACUUUGUCGCGUUCCCGGAGCGCGAGUGCUCGAUCCAGCGCCGCAACCAAAAGGUCAUUGAAGAAGCCCCGUCGAUGCUGCUCGAUGACGCGACGCGCCUCGCCAUGGGCGAGCAAGCCAUCAUGCUCGCCAAGAAGGUCGGCUACACGUCGGCGGGCACCGUCGAGUUCCUCUGCGACAAGCACAAGAACUUUUACUUUUUGGAAAUGAACACGCGCCUCCAGGUCGAGCACCCGGUGACAGAGCUCAUCACCAAGGUCGACUUGGUCGAGCAAAUGCUUCGCAUCGCCGCGGGCCACCGCCUUCCCGAGUGGAUGACGGCCGGGCCACUCAAGAUCCACGGCUGGGCGAUGGAGUCGCGCAUGUACGCCGAGGACCCGCUGCGUGGGUUCCUGCCGUCGAUCGGCCGCCUCCUCAAGUACAACGAGCCGCACCACUUGCCCGGCGUCCGCGUCGACUCGGGCGUCACGGAAGGCAGCGACAUCAGCAUGCACUACGACCCGAUGAUCUCCAAGCUCAUCACGCACGGCAAGGACCGCAAGGAGUGCCUCGAGCGCAUGAAGUUUGCGCUCGACCACUACGUGAUCCGCGGCCCGGGCCACAACGCAGCGUUCCUCCAGGACGUGUACCGCCACCCGCGCUUCGAGGCCGGCACCAUCACGACCAAGUUCAUCGCGGAAGAGUACCCCGACGGCUUCCAAGGCGUGCAGCUCACGCCGCCCCAGAAGCGCGAGAUCAUUGUCGCUGGCGCCGCCAUGCACAUCAAGGCGCUCCAGGCGUCGCAGGCGCCGCUGGCCGCGACCAAGCCCAAGGUGCUGAAGACGCUGCCCGUCAGCGCCAACUGCGAGCUCCGUCACGUGACGUCCGCCUCCAAGGUGCCCCGCUUCCAAGUCCGUCUCUUGACGCCGACGGCGUCCGUGCCGUCGGCCAAGGAGCUCGCGGCGCACAUUCCCCAGUCGUCGGCGUUCGAGCUCUACGUGAGCGCGGACGGUCCGUUUGGCGACGCGACGCUCCUCAAGCUCGUGGAACUGGAAGUCUCGGAAGACCACUUCGUCCUCUGCGCGUGGCUCGACGGCGACUUUGUCGUGCUCAGUGACAUUGAGUGGCCGAUCAACGCGCCGCUCUUCACGGCCGAAAUCUCGGACAAGGCGCGCGCGCUCCAGGUGCUGCAGGUGCUCCCCGAGGGCUUCCGCGUCCAGCACCACGGCGCCAUCCACGACGUGGUUGUCCGCACGCCGGCCGAGCACGCGCUCGCCUCGCACAUGAAGCCCAAGCCCAAGGUCGAUCUCUCGCGCUUCGUGCAGUGCCCGAUGCCCGGCCUCCUCGUGUCCGUGGCCGUCCACGCCGGCGACGAAGUGCAGUUGGGCCAGGAAGUCGCCGUCGUCGAGGCCAUGAAGAUGCAAAACGUCAUCCGCGCCGCCAAGAAGGGUGUCAUCAAGUCGGUGUCGCACCAAGCCGGCGCGUCGCUCAAGGUCGACGACAUCAUCAUGGAGUUUGAGUAGAAGCAUCGAAUGCGUGUUAUAACAGGACGAAGCACUUAGCGU